UCUCGACGAGUCCAAACGGAAUAAUAUCAUCGCUACUGUCUGUAACGUGCCUAUACAAUAUUAUUCAACUCGAAUCACUCGUAUAGGUUCAUAUUAUACCUUUAUCCUAGUGUAGUGUGUCGUCAGUAUAACGCCGUCCAGACGAUUCCGAUGAUGUUCUGUGACUUGACAGUCACUAUAGGUCACUUCACAGUAACUUCAAUAAUUAUUCACAGAAACUUCAAAUUCGUUCUUGCUGUAUAAUCUGCCCACGGGAAAGAGAAAAAGACAAUUUUAUUUGUGUGUUUUUCAUCACGAUUAAUAAUAAUGAGUGAACCGUCGCCCAGAGGAAACGAAUGCGACAGAUCAGUCAUACAAGUAAGUGAUUUUUCAUUAUUACAAUAUUAUUAUUAUUAUUAUUAUGUAUAAACGUAAGUAAAGGUAAUACAUAAUAGUAAUAAGCACUUUUGAAUAGUUUUUGCUAUCGAUAAUUUUCGAUUGUAUAAAUGAACUAUUGAGUAUUUCAUUCGCAUAUUAUUUUGUUCCUGUAAACUUAUAAUCGGAAAAACUAUCGAAUGUUUCGAAAAACAAUUCGUUUUAUAGAAACUUAAGUUAGACGGUAAUUAUUAAGUAAAGUUACAAAUUUACAAAAAUACGAGUUACCCACCUACUUUUUUUUUUCGGUUGAUAACAUAAUAUUACUUGUAAUUUUUUUAGUAAUUGAUUAAUUUUUAUAAGAUUAGUUAACAGUGUUAUGCCUAGUAUUUUUUUUUUAUUAUGCGGGUGACCACUAUACGAGAGUAAAAUAUGUGCUCAUAAUUAACUAAAAAAUAAUUUCUAAGGUACCUGUACCUAUAACUUGUUAGGUAUCUAUAUCUACUUUUGUUGUGCUGUAAUGUUAUCUGAAGUCCGAACAAAAGUUAUUAAAAACGGGAAAUUAUUUUUGGUAUAGGUAUACAUAUCGAAAUUAAUGGAAAGCAAUUUUGUCAACCAACAAAAAUAUUAUUAAACUCGUACUGCCGAAUGAAGCUUAGCAAGUUACCAGACCCGAUACUUACGAGCUGUAGGUAGCGUGUCAUACGUGUAUGCGACAUAUUUAACGGGACUAUGGCUGAGGGGUUCCUUUAUUAUACAAUGUUUCAAAAAAACAAUUAAAUUAAUACAAUCAGUAUUACCAUACAUUAAAUAAUGAAUAAAAAGUUUGUUCACUACUUUACGAUUAUGGUAACCAGUACACUCUUCGCUCACAGUUACUAUAUAUUAUACUAUACUAUACCGUGUAUAAUAGGUAUAGAGAUGUCCCAUCUAUGUAUAUAUUAUCUAUGGGAUUUACAGACUAUGAAUGGCUAUCAUUUUGAUCAUUGAUGAUGGCUAUCACGAACUAAGAUAUUUUAGUUAGUGUUAGCUACUUAUAAGUUAUCACGUAUCAGAUACGAGAUAUCAAUAAAUUUUGUAAGAUUUAUAUGUUUACCAAAAAAAUUUAAAUCGAGCAAUUUUAUAAAAAUAGGUAAGCUUAACAAGCCGUCCCAUACGUUUCCCUUUAAAAAAUAAGUAGGGAUACACUAAAAUAUCCAACAAACUAGUUCUGGUACUUAAUCCUCGGGGUUCCCCCUCCCUUAAAUCAAGCACUACCUAUAUGUAUAUAUAUAUAUACCUAACCUAACCUAACCUAAUCUAACCUUAUAUAUAUAUAUAUAUAUAUAUAUAUAUAUAUAUAUAAUAUACAUAUACAUACGUAUGUAUAGGACAUAGGUGCUAUAAUGUACAAUAUAUGUCAGUGUUUUUCAACCAUUUUACUGUCACAACCCCCUAAAUGAAUAUUUAAUUUUUUUUAAAGUCACUUUGUUUUUUCAAUCUGAGAAAACACGUUUUUAAUUUUAAAACGUUACACAUGUUUUUCGCAUUAAGCUCAAUAUGAAACUUUGAAAUAUAAUAAACAUGAUAAAAUUAUGAUUGACACGCGCAAUAACAAUCGCGUUGAUAGAUAACAGAAAAAUCGUUUAUCGCUUAAUAUCUAAAUUGACUAUUAUGAUUUUUUCCCAAUAAUACCCUAUAUAUAACCAUAUUGGGUACUCGUAAAAAAAACAUUAUAUUAUUUAUUAUUAAAAGAUAAGGAGACCCUUUUCUUCUUUUGCUCGCUGGCUCGUCCGGUUAUAAAUUGUCAAACUGUCUUGCUGCACCAGGAGAACGUCACGCGGAUUGUGUACGUGAACAAUAAGUCACAGGUGAACGUCGGCUCACCGUCGGUGACAGUGCCGUCGAACGCGAUCACGCACUAUGAUCAAAGCUCGUCGGACUCGUCGUCGAUUUGCACAUUGAACAACGUGGUGUUGCCACCGAUCAGCUACGAUUAUCACCACCACCAGACGUUGAUCGGGUCCAGCGUGCCGGUACAGCCGCCGCCGCCGCCGCCGCCGCCGCCGCCACCACCGCCGCCGCCGUCGAUGUCGUCGGUACAGGUGUACAGCGGUACCGAUGAACAUCAUCACCAAUAUACGACCACGGUGCGGGGCACCGGUUGCUUCAUACAGACGGAGAUGAAGCCCAACGCGAGGGUCCGAUCGUACGAAUCCGAGAGAGGUACACAUUUUCGUUACAAUAAAUAACUACGCACAGAGCGGUGAAAUUAUCUGACAUUGGCUUAAUAGCUUUAUAAUAGUUCAUAUAAUGCUGCAAUGUAUUGAAAAUAAAUUAUGACUACCGAUUCAAAAUCAUUGUUUUCGCGUAUCUAAUAAGUUUGAUAUUUGUCAAUUAUAAAAAAAAAAAAAAAAAAAAUCACUCCCAGUUUUGCGCUAAAAUAAAAUAAAAAAUCACUAAAAUUGAAUUUUAUUAAAAUAAUAACCUUUAUUAACUCUAUUCAAAUUAAUUAUAAUACUAUAAUGCAAUGCAUUUUGAACUCAUUUAAGAAAAAAAUACCGAAUAUCUACUACACUAUCCUUGCCCUAUAACAGUUAAAGGUAUUAUACAUUUUAUACUUGACUAAUAUAAUUAAGAAAUUAUAUAAUUUUUAAUUUAAAGUUUUCUUUUUGCAUUUUAAUUGUAUUUAGACAUUUUUUUUUAGAAACUAUUGCAGUAGUUAUACCUUUUUUAUUUUAUUAUAAUUAAUUUUUAAUUAACUAAUAUUACUUUUGGCUUUGAAUUAAUAAUUCUAUAACUCUACAUUCUAUAUAAUUUCUCAAUGUAUUAUGCAUAGUUUUAUGUACAGAGCGAUUCGUUACAGUCAAUUUUUCCACGAAUUACUUAAUUUUUUAAUAAACGACUUAUUUAAAAAUAUUUUAUAAUCAUAUAUUCUAAAAUGUUACAUUGUCCUUAUUUUUUGUGGUGAAUCCGGCUACUUAUUUUUUGUUUUAUAAUUACAAUCUGUAUUGAAAAUAUUCCAUAAAUAUAUUAAUAAAUUUCGGUGUGAAAAUCAAAAGCAAGUAACUGAUUCAUCCUCAAAAAUAAGAGUAACAAAAAUAAGAACAACGUAACAUUUUAGAAUAUAUGAUUAUAAAAAGUUUUUAAACAAGUCAUUUAUUGAGAAAAUAAAAUAUAACAUGAAUUUUAGAAGACCCUGUUUAUGUAUAGGUAUAAUCCUUUAGAAAAUGAUGAACAAAAUCAACGUAGGUACCUUCUUAAUAAUACAUUAUCGUACCCUUCGUAAAUACCAUUCGAAAGUUCUAACCUUUUUUUUCACAAGAUUUUAGAUUCGAAGCGUAGCAAGGAAUGUAUUGGUUUACCUUGAUGUUUUUUUAAAAUUUUUUUUAUACUGUAUACAAAAUUACUACUAGAAGUCUUGUUCCGAUGUAUCAAGUAUAGCAUCUUUUUUGAUAGGAAAUUUUACUUACUUGGUACUUUAAGCCGGUUACUUUUUGAUUUUCCAAGGAUGGUGCGUGCCGUAAUGUCGCAAUAAUAAUAAUCUUCAACUUCGUCUUAUCUAUAAUGACUUUGGCGGCGGUAGACAAUUGCCCAUCGCCUCGCACAGUGCCGGAAUAACCUAUAAGCAAAUUGAGCACUUAAGGCCCUCGAAAAAAAUUCGGCCUGUACAUUUUUUUUUUUUUGCUGAGAAAAUUUAAAAUCUAUAGAUUUGCAAACGAAGUUGAUGGUCAAACUAGAUCCGGCAUCAGCCGAAUAUUUUUCGGACAACAUCUGCCGAAUUAUUCGAUAAUUUAUCAGGAACAAAAUUCAGCCGACAGAAAUGGUCGGACUACAUCCGGAUUUCGGUUGAAUUCAUCAAAAUUAUAUAGGUAGUACACAUCCAUGUAUUCACACCCAUCUAUGUAACAAAAUGUUUUGUUUUCAUCGGGCAUUGGCCAUGUACGACCGAAUUUAUCGGAUGACCAGUACAAUUUAAUUUCAUACUUAUAUUUUUUUUCGUCCAUAUUCGGCAAUAUUCGGCCGUACGUUAAUUCGACCGAUACCGGGUCUAAUCUGACCGUAGUUUAAUUAAGUUUGAUUAUAAUAUGAUCGGUAUAUACCUAUAUUUCACGAUUAUGGCCGAACUCCGUGGUAGAAUUCAUAAAAUCUCUAGACCUGGAUGAUGUUAUUCCAACUUUUUCAAAUGAAAAAUCUAGAAAAAAAUAAUUAUGCAUAGAUAAAGAGUAUAGACAAGUGAACAGUUGCAACGAUGACAGUGACUAAUUUCAUAAUGAAUAUACAUAUAUUUUAGUAUUUACCUAUAAUUUAAAAAUAUAUUUGACACGAUAAUAAAUUAAAUAUUAUUUAUAUUCAUAAACAAAAUUAUAAUUUUUUUUUUUUGUUUAAAUUUACAAUUUAAAAGCACAGUUGAGAUAUAGGACAGGUAUACCUUUUUUUUUCUCUUUAUGGCCAAUUAGGCCCGUUUGACUAAUUUGCUUAAAGCCCGGGAAACACUUGAUCCGGUACUGGCCCCACAGGUAAGUGUAGUAGUUGUCGGAGCGCUCGGACCGAGCACUAUAGGUACACGAUUGCUCCGUUCGUUUUGGAACAUAUAUUGUAUCCAUGCUGUUUUUUGUUAAUACAUCACUUUUCCACAAAACGAAACACUUUAAUUUAUUUAUAACGAACCGAGAACAAACGUAGAGAUAAACGGACAAAUAUUUACAGCGUAACGAUUUCAUGAUUUUGCAUUUUCGUAACUUAUGUAUUCUACCAAAAAUAUUACUCUAAUAUAAAAACGACAAGAUACCUUUCUUGUUUGUGUACAGUUGGUCCUUGAGUAGCUUGAUUAGCUUAAUAUAUUUUUUAAAUAUAUAAUUCACGAAUAUUUUAAAAUCAAAAAGAUUGAACAAUAUUUUUACAUAACAAACUCAGAAAUAUAUCGACUUAAAAUAUCAUUAAUAAAUAACUGGAUGAAAAACUGUUUUCUGAUGAUAAGAUCUGGACGAAAACCUAUUCAGUGACUAUACAGAAUAAACCACCUUGUUAUAGUAAUUCAUUGAGGUAUUUAGCGCAGAAUAGGGACAUGUCUUGGAUUUGUCCUUUUUCAGCACUAAAUACUAACACUAACACUAAUUUGCGUUAUAAAUUUGGUAUGCCUAAAAUAAAUACAAUUAUAAUUCAGUAUUUUCACAAAAUUUUCAAAAAUAAUAUCAUAAUUUUGGCCGUGUUCUAAAUUGAAAAUUGAAAAUAGGCUUCCUAAGAAAUUUAGAAAAUCUGUCAACCAACGCAUACAUACUUUAUAAAUUUACAAUGGACAUCGGGAAGAAUUUCUAAUUUCUAGUUUAAAAACUAGCUUCCGCUCCUAUAAUACAAAUACGUUCAAAAUUAUAAAUUUAUAAGCAUACAGAUAAUAUGGGAAACGACCCACUGUCUUCUAAGAUAGUAAAUCAUAUAUAUGGUCAUUACACACGUGCAGUUUAAUGAUUAUUGCUUUAUUAGAAGUUCGUUUUUACUGUUGAAUAUUUUAUAAUAUUUGUUUUUACUUUAAUACGGUCAAUAGGAUGGGAUGAAGCACCUUUAGCCCCUCCCCCUUGGGUACGCUACUACAAGGUACUUACUAACGAGAUUUUCCACCGACGACUUACGUAUAGGUAUAGCUUAACAAAAAAAUUACCAAUCCGCCUUUUUCGUAGAUUACAAAAAAUCUGCAUGCGAUCGAGAACGUACGAGAAUGCGAGACAUGAACAAGGCAUUCGACUUGCUGAGAAACCGCUUGCCCAAGAGUAAACCGCCUGGCAAGAAGCUAUCUAAAAUCGAAUCAUUGAGGUCAGUAUAAAUUAGUAUCUGCCAAUUGUAUACUAUAAUGUAACCAAAGCCCAGUGCUCAGUGGCAUAACGUGGUAUAAUGUUGAAGCAAACAUAAAAAAAUAUACUUAUCUAUACCUCUAUCUAUGUUUACUAUCACUAAAGACGCUCGCAAUUUAUUUUACUAUUUUACCUCACAAGUUACAAAAAUAAGCUACUAAAUAAACACUAUCGAGAAAUAUGCAAUAGUUUGAAGUCGAGAAGUAGAGAAUAGUGACUCCGUACACUCUAAACAUUUUUUGGAAAAUCAUGAGUAUACUCUCAGAUAGAUUUUUAAAUUCUGAGUGUAGCGAAGAAUGUAUUUAUUUUAAAAUGAUGAUUAUUUAUUUUUAUUUUUUUUUUUUUUUUUUCAUAUAUACUGUAACAACAAUUUCUACCAGAAAUCUUGCUUUGAUAUGUAAGUGUAGCACCUUUUCUGAAAUAUUGUCUAGAUGGUACUUUAUAGGGAAAUCAUUUUUUGGUUGUCUUUUGCUGUAAUUCAGUUAAAAAUAUUUGUUGGGACUUGAAAUUUGAACAGAAAACUAUAAACUUAUAUUUUUGCCUUUUCUAGACGUAGUCAAAUUUUCAAAAUAUUUUUAUCCAUGUUUAAGCUAAUUAUAGACAUUUUUACCUUUGCGAGUUUUGUACGUAGUUUUUAUUCGAUAGAUAUUCUGUAGAUAAAAUUGUAACACUAAACAGAAAAAAAGCUUGACAAUUUAAUAUCAUGUUCAUUAAAAUUUGUAUUUUGUUCUCGAAAAACAAAUGUAAGCUUAAUGUAGUAUUUUUUUUAUAAAGAAAUAUUUUAAUAUCAAAUUUCGACGAAAAUCAUUUAUGGAAUUAAUUAUUUGGAACAAAUCUAGUUACUGGUCUAUGCAAAUUAUUCAUUUUUUUUUUGUAUUUUGUUUAGAACAUAUUAUACGUAUAUUGCCGAUUUGAGAACGAUGGUAAAGUGAAAAUUGAGCAGACUGACUUAGUUUUGAAAUUAUAGCUUUUUGAAGUUCUGAUAUUAUGCGGACAUGAUAUGUGUUAUGUUUAAUAACUAAAUAUUGUUAAUUAUAUAAUAUGUCUGUCGUAGUCUAGUGGUGGCACAUACCUGUUGUCAUUCCAGAGAUUUCAAGUUCAAACCCGAGUUCCGAAAAAUGUUUUUUGCAAAACCACGUCGGGUAGGUAACAAGUAAAAAAUGCGCCUAAAGCUCCGAGCCGUCGUAAUAUGGGACAUACAAUAAGUACAUAUGUAUUAUUGAAAAGGCAAUACUAUUAACCGAGCUCCACUCAGAGUCGUUUUUCGUUAUCAAUGAUUAAUCUUUGAUUACAGAUUUACAAAAAAUUCUCCUUUAUAUCCCACCUUCAAACUUUUCAUCUACACCAGUGGUCCAUCUAUCGAGCGGAUGUCCAUCUCUUUUUGUUUAAUUUGUCAUGCUAUAAUAUUAUUAUAAUUUCUCGUUCAAUGUUCAUAUUGUUUAUGCAACUUAAAACGUCAAUACAAAAUAGUAAUACAAAUUGUAUUUAUUUCAGUAAAUAUAACUAAAAAAUUUAAUAUUUUCUUAUGAUAUGCUUUUAUUUAGAUUCUGAGUGAAGCGAGGAAAGUUUUACUAUGAUGUGUGUAAAUAACUUUUCUACCAGAAAUUGUACUUCAUUCAAAAACUUUAUUGAGAAUUUUUUUGUUGUAUUUUUUAUCUUAUUAGUUAAUUGAAAAAACACAAUGUAUUUUAAUUUCAUCAUCUUUUUGUAAUGAAUUGAGUCUGUUUGAAUUGUCGGUAGCAUUUUUAAUAAUAGUGCUAUUAUAAACUAAACAUCAUUGUUCAUUUAACAAAUACAUUUUAUUGACUGCUGUAUUUGUCGAAGGGGUGGUGAAUGACAUUCCAAUUCUCCCUCCCCCUGGAGUAUACUUAUAAUAAACGUUCAACAUAUUUGGUAAACCACUCACCCACCCAUUCUAGUCAUUAGCCACGGGUAACCAUACUAAUACUCUCGAAACUUACAGUAGGUUUUAUGGCAGGUAACGUGUAACUAUUUUGAAUACCUACUUGGAUAAAUGACGUAUUAUGUAUGCCUAUCUAAUAUCACGAUCGUGUUGUUUGCACACCGCAGGAUGGCCAUCCGGUACAUAAGGCAUUUACAAGCGAUCUUAGAAUUUGGACCAGAAUACGAGACGAAACUGUACUCUGUGCCGUGCACUCAAUACCUGCCGCCGCCGACGUACUACGGUUACCAGCCACCGUACGGCCAAUGUUGGACUACCGGUGAUUACGCGCCAAACAUUAACAAUCAAUAUUGACCGCGACAUAUCUGCAAUACCUGUAUCAUUGGUCCCAUGGGACGAAAAUCUUAGGUCAAUUUUUGGCUUUUUAUUUUUAAUAAUCUUAUCUCAUGUGAGUGCCUCUUUAUUUUUCGGUCUAAAUAGCGUAAGUAUAUAUGUAUAAUAAUAAAUGACGUGCCCGGGGAUUUUCAAUGGGAAGGAACGCAGCAAAUAAAAAUCGUAAAAUCGCCUUCUUUAUCCAAUUCGAUAAUGGGAAUUGGUAAUUUAAAAGCCGGGUCCUAAAAAAAAAAAAAAAAACCAAUUUCUAAUCAAUACAUCAAGCAUUUCCUCAUAACUUGGCUGAAAUAUAUACAUUUCUAAUAGUAAUAACAACUUAAAUUUGUUUGUACUUUUAAGCUAAUGUAGGGGUAUGACCCCUAAUCUCCCCCUCCUGCAUACGCCACUGUCCACGAUGUAUAUUCUAAAACGUGUGAUAUCUAAACCGACAAUUAAAGUAUCCUAAGUCAUUUAGCGAUUAUGUUCACUUAGUAUUUACUUAAUAACAGAAAAGAGACUUGAUUCGGGAAGGCUAAAUCCCCCAAGCCCUCCCUUAUUUGUGCCUAUAGUCAUUAUGAUUUUUAUUUGGCAAAAGGCAAAAGUCAGAUACAGAGUGUCUGACGUACAGUGUUAUCCGUAUGCUAAUAAUUCUGUCGAUAUUUAUUUUUUUUUUUUUCAAUUAGGAAUCGUGUGAGGGGGACACAUAUAUAAAGACAAAUUUAAUUUUUAUUUUCAUUCAUUAAUUAUUGAAAAAUAUAUCUUUAUAUUUUAUCACUUUUCAAAAUUUUCAAAAUAGCUGUUUUGUAAAAUAUAUUAUUCUUAACAUUUUAAUGUAACAUACAUUAAUAUCAGAUCGAUUCUUAGUAAUAGCCAUUUUUAUUUAUAGAAAAUUGGUGUGAAAACAAUUAAUUUUCAAUAGAAUAACACAAUACGCGAUAUGGAAUCGCAAUCAGCACGGUAAUCCCUUAUAGUCGAUUGAAUAUUAAUUUUUUUCACGCCUAUUUUCUAUACAUUAAAGCCACUUUAACUAAAUAACUGUUAGGUAAUCGGAUAUGAAUGUAUGAUACAUUACAAUGUUUAGGAGAACGUAUUUUAUAAAAUGGUUAUUUUGAAAAUGUUAAAAAGUGGAAGAACGUUAAUAAAAAAGUUAAUUUUCUCAGUGUUUAAGAGAUGAAAAUAAAAAUUUAAUUUUUCUCUACUACAUACGGGAGUUCCCUUCACACACAAAAAAAAAAAUAUAAAUAUUGACAAAGUUGUUAGCAUAAGAAUAACACUGUAGGGUACUCUGUAUUCAGUACAUAUAGCAAUUUAGUCAUUUAGUAGCGAUUUUCAAAAUUUAAUUUACUCGCAUAGUUGAAUACUUUUUGGUAGCUAAGUAGUUGACUACCUACCUACUCUUUUUUUAGUUUAGCCCUCCUUUCCCUGGGACCAAGGAUACAUUAUAACAUUCCAACUAAUUAUUGGCGAUAUUACGAACACUAAUUAUACGGAUUCCGCGUGUGUCUAUAUUUUUAUAAACUGUAAACAUUUACAAUUACCAAUAAUUCUACACAAAUAGUUUAAUCAUUAGCUUCGAUUUGUAUACUAGGUGUCUAAUAUAAGGGGGCCGCGCACGAUAUCAAUACAUAAUAUUACGGUUUAUUUUGCUUAAAAGCCUUACAUUUACCUAUGUAAGUAUAGUCGAAAGCCAUAACAAAUUAUUGUUCAAACAAAAUGAUAAAAAUUGAUCGUACUCAAACUCUUAUUGUAGUUUUUAGAAACAUAAUUUUCAAACUCGUUGUCCGAUGAGCCAUUUAAAAAGUUUUUCUUUUAUACUAGAAAAAAAAAAAUUAUCGAAAUUACACUGUUUUUUUGCGGCGUGCGAUUUUGUAUGUUUUGAACAAAGAAACGGGUCACGCGCAGGCCCCGAAAAUCGAACCGAAUUUUAAAGAAAAAAGAAACAUCAAUAUUCAAAAUAAAAUAUAUGCAAAAUAUUGUAUAACAUUACUCCGUAACACAAUAAUUGUAUAAGUUGAUGGCGAAAUUCGAUAUGUAGAUUACACAUUAUACAAAAUUUUCAGCUAGAACUAUUUGGAUGCCUACCUACCCGAAAUAGUUUUAGCUGGGAGUACUUGAGCACCUCUGUUCGUUUGAUUGUUGGCAUAUUUCAGUUCGUAACAUCACUGUUGUGUGGGUUUGUACCUAUUAUGUAUACUAUUUAAUUAUAAUGUGUGAUUAAUUUUUUUUUCCUAUUUUACUAUUUGUCGAAUAAUAUAUAAUAUUAUUGUAUAAAUAGAAUUAGUAGAAUUUUUUAACGUUGAAUAUAUUUUAUUCCUGUAUUAUAAACGGAAAGCAAUUGUAUUAAGUAUAAUUUUCAAUUGUAAUUGAUUUGCCUGUCGAUUGUAACAUUUUUUUUUUUUUUUUUGGGAGAUUUUAAUAAUUUUGUUUUUCUUAUAUCAUUAUACGAUUUAUAUUUUAAUACGAGUUGUAUAAAUAUUAAAUAUAUGGGUUUUAAACGGUUUCGAAAUUUCAAAAC